ACGUGGGGGGAUGGGCCCCGAGUGUUUUGCCCGUUUGUGACUGACCCACUGACAUUCUCCUGCGCGCGCUAGCCGCAAGCGCACACACACCCGCGAUGACGACAAACGUCGUAAAGUGAAUUUCAAGUGUAGUAGAGCAGAAACGAACGGUAAACAUGCGUGUGUGCAGAAGUAUCUCGGCGUUGGUUUGCCUACUGCUGACCACUGGAUUCAUUGUCAUCACUUCGAAGUUAGCGUUGGUCGACGAUCAAGACGACGAGAAUUAUGUGGAUUUCGCCGCUGAAGCAUCCUAUCAGAGCGAAGAUUUUUACGAGGCUGAAACUAUAAGCGUUGUGUCUUCUUCUACGGAGACUUCGAGGAUGCAACGUUACGUGACACCGUCGUUAGCAGAGCUCGGCGAACAUGGAAUACCGCCAGCCACAAACGAGCACAUAUUGAUGGUAACGAGGGUGCCAGGUGCAGGCUCCGAAUUACUCGUCCUCAUUCUUCAAAGACUCCAAGGCUACAAUGCCUUCAAACAUAUAAGACUGCCGCCCGGUGACGAGGGCACCCUCAGCAAUCUACAGCAGGAGCUGUUAGUCGAAGAAAUAACGAGUAUCAUUAGGCAAGAGGCCAUACCGUUGUCGUUUGAUGGUGACGUACGAUUCUUGAAUUUCUCCGCUUAUGGACGACAGGCACCUACGCAUAUAUCACUGGUACGAGAUCCAUUAGAUCCGAAAACCUUGGAGAAGUUCAAGAAAGGCGAUUCAGCAACAAUUUACCGAGGAUCCAUAUCUCACUUUUGUGGACAUGACCCACGUUGUUCCGUGAGAAACAAUGAUUGGGCGCUUGAACAAGCAAAAGCUAAUGUACUCAGCUGGUAUCCGGUCGUUGGCGUUUUGGACUGCAUGGAUCAUACCGUGAAAGUACUGGAAAAGUCUUUUCCUUAUUUCUUUGAAGGAGCUUCCUACUUGUAUGAUAAAAUUAAACCACAAAAAAAGGCAACCGAAGUGUCUUCUACUUUGAAACCACUUACGAAAAAGCGUUUGAAAAAUCUUUUGAAGAAAGAAGUACAAUUUUAUGAAUGGGUAAAAUCGCGACUUCUUAAUGCAACAACGGAAAAUGGAUGAGUGGCAU